ACUGAGGAUCGUGAGGUGCGAGCAGAAGGGAGGGGAAAGGACGAAGGAUAUGCCGGUGAAAGAGAAGUGGCACGGCGGUGUAUCGGGGUCAAGUGGCACGAUAGUAGGCAGCGACGAGGCCUACUUUGGCCUGAAACUAGACUGCCGCGCGAAAACACCAUCGAACCGGGCUAUAAUGUUGUGCUCCAGCGUCAAACCGGGGGCCUUUCUAAUCGUGGCCUGUAUUUCGAGCCUCGUUGGAUAUUAUCCUCGUUACCCGGCUGAGCGCUGAGCGUUACGUGUCGCCACGGCAUCGUUGCCCAACAAAUUUCGAUCGUCCAAACAGGGCAUCGAAUACUUUUGUAACGGUGACGCGUAACACGAACCGUCUCGAACCUUCCAUGACCCUCGAUUUCAGUCAUUGGACGUUACUCUCGAGGGAAAGCGGGAAGAAAGCAAGCGGAUCGACGAGAGCGUGACGAAGAUUCGGGUUUGGCGUGAUGUAACGAAGGGAAGCGAGUUUCUUACUUUUCAACUGGUGACGGGAUGGAGAAGGCAGAAUCCUCCAACGAGGACGAUAGCAAUACCGAGCUGGAGGACCGGGACCCUAACAGCUUGAACAAACACCUUCAGGUGAUGUGGGAUGAUGUGAUCGGGGAACCGGAAGGAAUACGCAGUCCGGAGUGCGCGUGGCGUCUAAGCGGUCACUGCUUCCGGUUGUCCAGAAGCUGCUGUUACGUGUUUCUCUCGGUCCUCAUAUCUCCUUUAUUCGCCCUUUGCUUCGGUUUUACGUUUGCCUGCCUCGCGUUUCAGCAUAUAUGGUGUCUGGCGCCAUGCCUCCGCGUUUGGAAGAUCAGCUGUGCGGCGACGAGGAAUUUUCUCAGUGCUGUGACACACGCCAUCGUGAAACCAAUUAUGGAAUCCCUAGGCUAUCUGUUUCACAAUAUUCGGGUGUACAAUCAGAAGUUACCGGAUGGUUUAGCACAAAAAGACGAUAUUCUCGUUGUAUAAAAUCGGAUCAUAAAACGAUAAAGUUUUGCAUUCACAAAUCAUCGAAGUGCCUUUUAAAUCAAUCAGCAACAAUCAGCAUAAAACAUUCCACGAAACAAAUCGCUUCUCUUAACGUACGUUCGUUCGUUUUCCAACCUGGAAUCGUUUCUCAUGUUUCCAUUUCGUGAUUGCAGUUUUAAUGGUUUACGGUGUAGAAUUGUCAGUAGCGCGAUUCUCGUUAAUAUUUGAUCAUUAGAUCUAUAUAUCUAUUGUUAUAAAGUUUUAUAAAUAAAAUAUACUCUAUGAAGAACACCUGUUGGAAGUCAA